UAGAGAGACUAGUUUAGCGCCGCACGAGCAACGCCGUCUCUAUCUUGUCGGUGCUCUGCCAUAUUCCCCCGCCUCCACUGCCCCUCUCUCUCUACAAUCCACUCUCUCUUGUUGUUGCCGUCCAAAUAUCUGCGAUCUUCAGUUGUUAGCUGUUUGUUUGCUUUCUUCUUCUUUCUUCUCCUUCGAAGAUUGGCAGAUCUCGGAGGUCACGUCCGCACGUGCUUAAAUAACCGGGAUUUUCCUUGAUUUGGAGACCGAAUUUCGGUUUCGAUUUUGUUUCCUUUGAAUCUUUUUCUUCGUUUUCUCGGGCAGAAAUAGGAAAUAAAAGUCUUAUCAGAUCUUCUCAGGAUCAGGCUCUGGAUUCAAAUACCGGAUCUGAAGCGAAAUCCUUAUCCCGAUGAAAGCACAAAUCUAAUUUAUUCCUGGUCAAAUCUAAAUUAUAUUCACUCAAAAGAACCGAAGAAGUUAAAAUCGGAUAUAUAGUUUUGGAUAAUUUCUUGGUUUUCCAAUAAUGUCUUCGAGUUCCGGUACCGGUUCUCUCCUCCGGCCACGAACGGCCACUUCGCCAGCUCUGCCUUCACUCCACAGGCCAUCUAUAGCUUCUCAAUUCAUUGUGUCUCCGGUAUCUCGCCUGAUUAACAGGGGCGCACGAUGCUCUGCUUCUAGGAGGUCGAUGAUUGUUGAGAAGAAGUUUUUUGGAGCAAGAUUAAGGGCUCCUGGAUCCGAGGGCCUCCACGUAUGGCGGUCGGAAGGGCCAGGAAGGUCCCCGAAGCUCCGAGUGGUGGUCCGUUCUGCAUUGUCCGGGGUCCCCGAUAGGCCUCUCGGCCUUUACGAUCCGUCGUUUGAUAAGGACUCAUGUGGGGUCGGCUUCGUCGCGGAACUUUCCGGCGAAAGCAGUCGCAAAACGGUGACGGAUGCUUUGGAGAUGUUGAUAAGGAUGACACACAGGGGUGCUUGUGGAUGUGAAGCCAACACUGGUGAUGGAGCUGGAGUACUUGUGGCUCUUCCUCAUGAUUUCUAUAAGGAGGUUGUCAAGGAUGUAGGGUUUGAGCUACCACCACCAGGGCAAUAUGCAGUUGGUAUGUUCUUUAUGCCCACUUUAGAGAACCGUAGGGAGGAAAGCAAAAAGGCCUUUGCCAAGGUUGCAGAGUCUCUUGGUCAUACAGUCCUUGGGUGGCGAUCAGUGCCAACGGAUAACACUGGGUUGGGAAGUUCUGCUUUGCAAACCGAACCUUUUAUUGAGCAAGUAUUCCUUACACCUACACCCAAGUCAAAGGCUGGUUUGGAGCAACAGAUGUAUAUACUUAGGAGACUUUCAAUGGUUGCUAUUCGAUCUGCCUUAAACCUUCCAUAUGGUAGUGAUAGAGACUUGUAUAUCUGCUCUCUUUCCUCAAGGACUGUUGUCUACAAAGGUCAGUUAAAGCCCGAUCAAUUGAAGGAUUACUAUUAUGCUGAUCUUGGCAAUGAAAGGUUUACGAGCUACAUGGCCCUGAUACACUCUCGAUUUUCUACCAAUACAUUUCCUAGCUGGGACCGUGCUCAACCCAUGCGUAUUUUGGGCCAUAAUGGGGAAAUUAACACACUAAGAGGCAAUGUCAACUGGAUGAAGGCACGUGAGGGUCUAUUGAAGUGCAAGGAUCUUGGUCUGUCAAAGCAUGACAUGGAGAAGCUUCUUCCCAUUGCUGAUGCUACUUCUUCUGAUUCGGGAGCUUUUGACGGCGUUCUUGAACUUCUGGUUCGAGCUGGUAGAAGUCUUCCUGAAGCUAUAAUGAUGAUGAUUCCCGAAGCAUGGCAAAAUGAUAAGAAUAUGGAUCCUCAUCGGAAGGCCCUGUAUGAAUACUUCUCAGCACUUAUGGAACCUUGGGAUGGGCCUGCUCUUAUCUCAUUCACUGAUGGCCGCUACCUAGGAGCUACAUUGGAUCGAAAUGGACUGCGUCCGGGUAGGUUUUACAUAACGCAUAGUGGACGAGUUAUUAUGGCCAGUGAAGUUGGUGUCGUGGAUAUUCCCCCCGAAGAUGUGCUUAGGAAAGGAAGACUCAACCCUGGCAUGAUGCUUCUGGUGGAUUUUGAGAAGCAUGCUGUUGUAGAUGAUGAAGCCUUGAAGCACCAAUAUUCGCUGGUGAGGCCUUAUGGGAAGUGGCUCGAAAGGCAAAAAAUUGUCCUCAAGGACAUAAUUGAAUCAGUUCCAGCGUCUGAAAAGGUUGCUCCAACCAUAGCUGGGGUUGUAAAAGCAACCAGUGAUGAUGACGAUAUGGAGACUACGGGCAUUCAAGGUUUAUUGGCUCCGCUAAAAGCCUUUGGUUAUACCGUUGAAGCCUUGGAGAUGUUGUUGCUUCCCAUGGCAAAAGAUGGUACCGAGGCUCUCGGUUCAAUGGGAAAUGAUACUCCCCUGGCAGUUAUGUCUAAUAGAGAAAAACUUACUUUUGAGUACUUCAAGCAAAUGUUUGCUCAAGUAACAAACCCACCAAUUGAUCCUAUUCGAGAAAAAAUAGUCACUUCAAUGGAAUGCAUGAUUGGUCCAGAAGGUGAUCUGACAGAAACAACUGAAGAACAGUGUCAUCGUCUCUCCUUGAAAGGCCCUCUUCUAUCCAUUGAUGAGAUGGAAGCAAUUAAAAAGAUGAAUUAUAGAGGUUGGCAAAGCAAAGUUCUUGAUAUAACUUAUGCAAAAAAUCGUGGUAGGAAAGGAUUGGAGGAGACUUUGGACAGGAUCUGUGCUGAAGCCCUUGAUGCCAUAAAUGAGGGAUAUACAUUAUUGGUACUCUCGGACAGAGCAUUCUCAUCAAGUCGCGUUGCUGUGAGCUCUCUCCUAGCUGUUGGUGCUGUCCAUCACCAUCUUGUGAAAAAGCUUGCGCGAACUCGAAUAGGGUUGAUAGUUGAAUCAGCCGAACCACGUGAAGUGCACCAUUUCUGUACUUUGGUUGGUUUCGGUGCAGAUGCCAUUUGCCCAUACUUAGCUAUAGAAGCCAUCUGGCGAUUGCAGGUUGAUGGUAAGAUUCCACCAAAAGCUAAUGGCGAGUUUCAUUCGGAAAAGGAGCUUGUCAAGAAGUACUUCAAGGCAAGCAACUAUGGAAUGAUGAAAGUUCUUGCCAAAAUGGGCAUAUCAACUUUAGCCUCAUACAAGGGUGCUCAGAUAUUUGAAGCUCUGGGCCUUUCAUCUGAAGUGAUCCAGAAGUGCUUCGCAAGAACCCCAAGCAGAGUUGAGGGAGCAACUUUUGAAAUGCUUGCUCGUGAUGCACUUCAUUUGCAUGAAAUAGCCUUCCCCUCUCGGGUUUUUCCGCCCGGAAGUGCAGAAGCAGUUGCACUGCCCAACCCUGGUGAUUACCAUUGGAGGAAAGGUGGUGAAAUUCAUCUGAAUGAUCCUCUUGCUAUAGCAAAGCUGCAAGAAGCUGCCAGGAGUAACAGUGUCGCUUCCUAUAAGGAGUACUCAAAGCGUGUUCAGGAACUAAACAAAGCUUGCAAUUUGCGUGGGCUUCUGAAGUUUAAAGAAGCAGAGAUAAAAGUUCCCUUGGACGAAGUGGAACCUGCAAGUGAAAUUGUGAAAAGAUUUUGCACUGGGGCCAUGAGUUAUGGAUCGAUAUCAUUGGAGGCACACACAACGCUAGCCAUGGCAAUGAAUCAAAUUGGAGGGAAAUCAAACACAGGUGAGGGAGGGGAAGAACCAUCACGUAUGGAGCCUCUUUCAAAUGGUUCAAUGAAUCCAAAGAGGAGUGCAAUCAAACAGGUUGCCAGUGGAAGAUUCGGAGUUUCAAGUUAUUACCUUACAAAUGCUGAUGAAAUCCAGAUAAAGAUGGCACAGGGGGCCAAGCCUGGUGAAGGAGGUGAACUUCCUGGCCACAAGGUUAUAGGAGAUAUUGCAGUCACCAGAAAUUCUACUGCUGGGGUUGGACUCAUUAGUCCACCUCCCCAUCAUGAUAUUUAUUCAAUUGAAGACCUUGCUCAAUUGAUUUACGAUCUCAAGAAUGCGAACCCUGCAGCUCGAAUAAGUGUCAAGUUAGUAUCUGAAGCUGGCGUGGGAGUGAUUGCUAGUGGGGUUGUGAAGGGGCAUGCUGACCACGUCUUGAUUGCAGGCCACGACGGUGGUACAGGGGCUUCUCGAUGGACUGGUAUCAAGAAUGCCGGGCUUCCUUGGGAACUUGGUUUAGCUGAGACCCACCAAACUCUGGUUGCUAAUGAUCUUCGAGGUCGCACAGUUCUGCAGACUGAUGGGCAACUAAAAACUGGAAGGGAUGUGGCCAUUGCAGCACUUCUUGGUGCCGAAGAGUUUGGGUUUAGCACAGCACCCCUCAUAACACUUGGGUGCAUCAUGAUGCGAAAGUGCCACAAAAACACUUGCCCCGUUGGCAUUGCUACUCAGGAUCCAGUUCUUCGGGAGAAGUUUGCUGGAGAACCUGAACAUGUUAUCAACUUUUUCUUCAUGUUGGCAGAGGAGUUGAGGGAAAUAAUGUCUCAGCUUGGUUUCCGUACAGUUAAUGAGAUGGUUGGUCGUUCAGAUAUGCUUGAAGUGGAUAAGGAAGUCACAAAGAACAAUGAGAAACUAGAGAACAUUGAUCUUUCCCUGUUACUUAAACCUGCUGCCGAAAUUAGGCCUGAAGCUGCUCAAUAUUGUGUGCAAAAGCAAGAUCAUGGCUUGGAUAUGGUUUUAGAUCAGAAGCUUAUUACACUCUCCAAAGCUGCUUUGGAAAAUGGUCUCCCUGUGUACAUUGAAACACCUAUUCGCAAUGUGAACCGUGCUGUUGGAACUAUGCUCAGCCAUGAGGUGACCAAACGUUACAACUUGAGUGGUCUCCCUGCUGAUACCAUCCAUAUCAAACUCUCUGGAAGUGCGGGGCAGAGCCUUGGGGCUUUCUUGUGCCCUGGUAUCUUGUUAGAGCUUGAAGGUGACAGCAAUGAUUAUGUUGGAAAAGGUUUGUCCGGAGGAAAGAUUGUAGUUUAUCCUCCGAAAGGUGGCAGAUUUGAUCCAAAAGAAAACAUUGUAAUUGGUAAUGUUGCCCUAUAUGGUGCCACAAGCGGGGAGGCAUACUUCAACGGCACAGCUGCAGAAAGAUUCUGUGUCCGUAAUUCAGGGGCAAGGGCAGUUGUGGAAGCUGUUGGUGAUCAUGGAUGCGAAUACAUGACAGGUGGGACUGUUGUUGUACUUGGAAAAACUGGCAGGAAUUUUGCUGCAGGUAUGAGUGGCGGUAUCGCUUUUGUUCUUGACGUGGAUGGAAAAUUUAGUUCUCGUUGCAAUCAUGAGUUGGUGGAUCUUGAUAAAGUUGAAGACAAGGAGGAUAUUAUGACACUGAGAAUGAUGAUACAACAACAUCAGCGUCACACAAAUAGCCAGCUAGCGAGAGAAGUCCUUGCUGACUACGAGAAUCUUCUUCCGAAAUUUGUAAAGGUAAUCCCCAGGGAUUACAAACGUGUUCUGGCAAGCAUGAAACAAGAAGCCUCAAAAGAUGAUUUGGAGAAUACUGGAAAAGAAGCUGAGGAACAAGAUGAGAAAGAGUUAGUGGAGAAAGAUGCUUUUGAAGAGCUCAAGAAGAUGGCAGCAGCAUCCUUGAAAGAACAGUCCAGUGAGAAGCUAGAAGGAUCUGAACCAUUGAAGAGGCCUACUAGGGUUGCUGAUCCUGUUAAACAUAGAGGUUUUGUUGCUUAUGAGCGGGAAGGCGUUCAAUACAGGGAUCCAAAUGUUAGAAUGAAUGAUUGGAAGGAAGUCAUGGAACAAACAUUGCCUGGCCCACUUCUAAAGACCCAGUCAGCACGUUGCAUGGACUGUGGUACUCCAUUCUGCCAUCAGGAGAACUCCGGAUGCCCUCUUGGCAAUAAAAUACCUGAAUUCAAUGAAUUAGUGUACCAAAACAGAUGGCAUGAAGCUUUGGAUCGGCUCCUUGAAACAAAUAACUUUCCGGAGUUCACUGGCCGAGUGUGCCCUGCACCUUGUGAAGGUUCUUGCGUUCUUGGUAUAAUUGAGAAUCCUGUAUCUAUCAAAAACAUUGAAUGUGCCAUCAUAGACAAGGCCUUUGAGGAAGGUUGGAUGGUGCCGCGGCAUCCACCACUGAGAUCUGGGAGAAGAGUUGCUAUUGUUGGGAGUGGGCCUGCAGGAUUGGCCGCCGCUGAUCAGCUUAAUAGAAUGGGCCACUGGGUGACAGUGUAUGAGCGUGCUGAUCGAAUUGGUGGGCUUAUGAUGUAUGGAGUUCCCAACAUGAAGACUGAUAAAGUCGAUAUAGUUCAAAGGCGUGUAAAUCUUAUGGCUGAGGAAGGCAUCAAUUUUGUGGUUAAUGCUAAUGUUGGAUUAGAUCCUUUGUACUCUCUUGAUAGGCUACGAGAGGAGAAUGAUGCCAUAGUUCUGGCUGUUGGAGCCACAAAACCAAGGGACCUUCCUGUACCAGGGCGAGAUCUAUCAGGCGUCUAUUUCGCCAUGGAGUUUCUUCACGCAAAUACUAAAAGCCUUCUUGAUAGCAAUCACCAGGAUGGCAACUACAUAUCAGCCAAGGGCAAGAAAGUCGUGGUCAUUGGUGGAGGUGAUACUGGCACAGAUUGCAUUGGGACAUCUAUCCGGCAUGGUUGUAGUAGCGUUGUUAAUCUAGAGCUGCUUUCUCAGCCACCACAAACUAGAGCUCCAGGCAAUCCCUGGCCACAAUGGCCUCGCGUUUUCCGUGUAGAUUAUGGGCACCAGGAAACUGCUGCAAAGUUUGGCAAAGAUCCAAGAUCAUAUGAGGUGUUGACUAAGCGAUUUAUUGGAGAUGAAAAUGGGGUUGUUAAAGGUCUUGAGCUGGUACGUGUUCAAUGGGAGAAGGAUGCCAGCGGGAAGUUUCAAUUUAACGAGGUUGAGGGCUCAGAGGAAAUUAUUGAAGCUGACCUUGUCCUACUUGCAAUGGGCUUUCUUGGCCCCGAGUCGACUCUGGCAGACAAGUUAAGCUUGGAGCGAGACAAUCGAUCGAACUUCAAGGCAGAUUAUGGUCGUUUUUCAACAAAUGUUGAAGGGGUCUUUGCAGCUGGAGACUGUCGUCGUGGUCAGUCGUUGGUUGUAUGGGCAAUUUCAGAGGGAAGACAAACUGCUGCACAGGUUGACAAGUUCCUCUCAAAAGAAAAGAUAAACUCUGUUGAUGGGCACGAUGACCUUAUUAAGAGACACCGAGACCUUAACAAGAGGCAGCAAGACAGGAGCAAACACACGGUCAUGACAUAGGUAUCCUUUUGUUAUUCUUCUGCAAAGGCAUUGAUUGGUAUAAUAUAGGAUACAGAAGUUAUUUUGUUAUGGGUUGGCGGAAGCUGAUAUCUUGGACAAGAGGUGCAAUUUACUUCCUUGAAAUAUUGUGCUGGUGAGAAGUGGCUUGUGGAGCUUCUGGUUAAUAGGUUUUACUGUUUUAGGAUACAAGAAUGUCCUUGACAGUUGGUUCUUUAAAUGUGUUAUUUUUCAUAGGUCUCAUUUGAGCUUGUUUCAUGAUUUGUUACCUUGAUUGUUUCAAAGAAAUAAUGUACAGUUUUGUUUCUUGAACUUUGAUUUAGAAAUAUGUGGGGAAAUAUUGAUAUCCUUAUUUAAUAACAGUAUCAUGUUUCCUCUUA